AUGGACAGCUCCAGUGGGAUUUACAAGAACGGUUACAUUUCGUUGAAGGAAUCGUGGAUGUGGUCUAGGCGAUGGGCGGUACUGAAGCGAAGCACGCUUUCCUUUCACAAAAACGAGAAAGCAGUCCAAGCCACCGCCCUGAUCUUUCUCAAGGAGGUGCAGGGCGUAAACCGGUCUGAACUAAAGUCCGACGACGACCUGUACUCGUGGCUGGACUCGAUAUACGAGAAGUGCCCUCUUCUGAGCGGAGUCUCGCCGCCGUCCAACUUCCACCACCAGGUGCACGUCGACUUUGACCCAGUCAGCGGAAUGUUCAUCGGGCUACCUGACAAAUGGGCCAAGCUAUUGCAGUCGUCCAACAUUACGCAGCAGGAUUAUGCCCAGAAUCCGCAGGCUGUUCUGGACGUGCUAGAGUUUUACACAAAGAACACUGCCGAUGGGAACGCGGGCGUACUGAUCUUGGUCCAAAAUUUCAUCGACGGGUUUGCACCACCGGGCCCAAGCGGCAGUCCGUGUCCGUUGCGCACCUCACGGACGUCCAUUCCCAUUGGCGGAAACAGCAACGGCAACGGCGCCAACUUGUCGUCAUCAUCGUGGCGGCAAAACGAAAGCGCCGUGACCUCUUCGGCUGGCGAUGGUGGCCGCGCGCAGAUGACCAAGACACAGUCCAAAGCCAAAGAGGAUGCGCUGGCCGCCCUCGUUGGCAAGUCCGACAUUGUGCCGCCACCAAAGCCCAAGAAGGACGUCCGCCUGUCGACGCUGACCGAGUCGCAGAUCAUGUCCAAGCUGCGCACGAUUGUGUCCCGGGAUGAUCCAAGGUGCUGGCGCAUCCGGAACGUGUACAUGGCCAGGUCGAUUAGGAAUGGAGAACUGGUGGCGAUUAAGCAGAUGGAUUUGUCUAAGCAGCCGCGGAAGGAGCUGCUGGUCAACGAGAUCCUGGUCAUGAAGGAGUCUCGGCACGCCAAUAUUGUCAACUACAUCGAGUCCUUCCUGAUAAACUCGGCCGAUCUCUGGGUGGUCAUGGAGUACAUGGAGGGCGGUGCGCUGACCGAUGUCAUUGACAACAACAAGUUGGAUGAGAUGCAGAUCGCCACCGUAUGUCGCGAGGACAUUAUCCACCGCGACAUCAAAUCGGACAACGACGGCCAGGUGAAGAUCACCGAUUUUGGAUUCUGCGCCAAGCUCUCGGAGCAACGCAGCAAGCGCGCAACAAUGGUCGGUACCCCCUACUGGAUGGCCCCCGAGGUGGUCAAGCAGAAACCCUAUGGCCCCAAGGUCGACGUCUGGUCGCUGGGCAUCAUGGUUAUUGAAAUGAUCGAGAGUGAGCCGCCUUACCUUGACGAAGAGCCGCUCAAGGCGCUCUAUCUUAUUGCUACCAAUGGCACGCCGGCGCUUAAGCACCCAGAGACGCUGAGCCGGGAGCUUAAGGGCUUUUUGGCUGAGUGCCUGUGCGUCGACGUCCAGAGCCGCGCGACGAUGGAGGAACUGCUGACCCAGGAAUUUUUGCUCAAGAAGGCACACAUCAGUCAGACGCAAACCUUAAAUACUUCCCUGCAUUUUCAAAAUUUUGGACUUUCUGAUAUUUAG